AUGUUGAAGAAUAGUUUAAAUGAAUAACUUCCCAAUAUUCUUAAUACUGAAUGCAUUCUUUUUAAUAAAACUAUUUAUGAAGAUAGUGAAGAUUAGGUGGGUGAGCAGAAAGAACAAACUAUUUUACAAUUUGAUAUAGGAAAAGAUUACUAUGAUUUAGGUUCUCUUUCUUUUAUUUUUGAUCCCUAUAAUUAAGAAAGAAAAUUAUUAUAAAUUGAGAUUAGUUGUUAAUCAUCUUAUCUGUAAAAUAGUUUGAAAUAUAUAAUGUAAGCAAAAAGCUUGAGAUGCCAACUUGGAGAAUUUUAUGUUAAUUCUGGAUGUUAAAUGUGCUCAUCAAAUUAAGGAUUUUACUCUGUUGUUUAUGAUGCAACUAAAUGCUCAAUAUUUGAUAAAACAAAAUUUAAAAAUAUAACUGAAAACAAUAUAGAUUUGAUUGAGGGUUUUUGGAGACCUAAUUAUUUAUCAGAUUAAAUAGAUGAAUGUUUUAAAAAUUUAAAGUUUUGUGUAGGCGGUUGGGGAUAAGGAAAUUAAAUAUGUGACUUAGGGCAUAUUGGAGCAUUAUGUGAAGAAUGUGAUAUUUAUAAUAUAAGAGGAGAUGGAAAAUAUUUUAAAAAUCAAUAGGAUUCAAAUUGUAUUUCUUGUUUUGGAGUUAAUGAUAGUAUUAUUCCUUUUAUAGCAGCUUCAAUUUGGUAAUUUAAUUUAAUAUUUAGGUCUUUUAUAUCUAUCAUUAUAACCUUAAGAAGUAUUGAAUAAUCUAAUCAAUUAUUCAAAUGUUUAAAAUUAUAAUAAAGGUUCAGCAAAAUUAUUUUUAAUCUAGAAUAAGGUAUAUUCAUUAUUUAAUUUAAGGGCACGAAAGUUUUUUAAUAAAAAUGUUAUUAAACUAUUUAUGGAUAUUCUCUGUUAUAUUUACAUUCAAUAUACAAUUUUAACUUUCACUCACUUUUGUUGAUUCUGCUAGUAAUACUUCCUAUUCUAUGACAAAUAAUUUGGAUUGUUAUUUAUCAGAAAAUCUAUCCAUAAAAUUGAUUUAUUCAAAAAUAAUUACAAUGCUUGUACUAAUGACAUUCUAAUUUAUACUUAUAAUUAUGGGAUUUCUCAUAUAUAAUUGUUAUAAAAAGAUUGGAAUCAGUAAUUUUAACUUGGAAACAAUCUCUAAUAGUCUACUCUACCUUUAUGUUUCUAAUUAUGGUGGAUUGGUCAAAAUGUAAUAAAAAACUUAAACUUUUUUAGGUAUUUCUCUAUUGUUUCAAAAAGAGAUGUUUCAAGUUAGAGUUACAUCUAAGGUGAUGUAUCUCUACUUUUUGGAACUAAAGAACAUUUAAUUUGGAUUUUUUCUUUUGUUAUUCCAGGAAUAGGAGUUUUUAGUUUGA